GGGAAUUUCAGGAAUCUAUAAAAGAACAAAAUACGCAAGUAAAAUAUAAUCCUAGUGACUCAAUAGUACAGAUAAUGUUCCCCGAGCAGGAAUAUAUUCGCAUAUUGUUGAGAUAUCAAGGAUUCCGGAGCACAAAAUAUCAAAUAAUGGUACUUAGGUAAGGAAAAAGUGCUUAAUACAUAAUUCAAAGCCAGAUAAUUAAUAUCCGCUUAAGAUUAUGUCGUGUCACUUUCAAGUAGAAGGUUUUUCGAAGAUUAUUAAUACGGUGGUGAAAUCCAGAUUGACUAAUCUUUUCGUUUAUAAUCUACCUUUCAAUACUUCCAACCUUUCGUAAACACUACUUAAACAUUUUCAAUCAUGGAAGACCAAUUCAUAGACAAAGGUAAUAACUUAGUUGAUAUAGACAAAUCAAAAGAGGUUUAUCGUAAGCUUAGCAAACAACUCAGUAGAGAUGACAAUGAAAGUAUCAAAAACACAGCUGAAGAGUCCUCUGAAACCACACUCAACGAGCACCCCAGCGAAGGAAGAUUUGAUUUACAUGGUUUUUUAUCCAACGACAAACAACAGCUCGUAGAAGCAGGUAAAACAAGUAAUAAACAUCUGGGAUUGGCAUGGAAGAAUCUACGUGUGAAUGGUGCUGGAGGGGAAUCUACCUUUGUGAAAACCUUCCCCGAGGCAGUUUUAGGAACUUUUGGACCAGACGUCUAUAAUUUCAUAACUGGCUACUUCCCAAAGUUAGACGUGAUUGGAAAAAAGACACCAAUCCAUCCGCUGAUUCAUGAUUUCACUGGUGCACUCGGAAAUGAAAUGAUGCUGGUGUUAGGUAAACCUGGUAGUGGAUGCACCACCUUCCUCAAGGCUCUUGCAAACAGACACCAUGAGUAUGUAAGCGUGGAAGGUGAUCUCACCUAUGGCGGCUUAUCUCCCCAAGAGGUUAAAGAGAAGUAUCGUGGGGAGAUCGUUAUGAACACCGAGGAAGAUCUACACUAUCCAACUCUCACUGUUGCUCAAACACUUGAGUUUGCAAUACGUCAGAAGGUACCGCGUAUUAGACCAAAUGGCAUGAGAAGAUCGGAAUAUGUGAAAUAUAUCCUCGAUGCACUAUUGAAGAUAUUCGGUAUUGAACACACAGCCAACACAGUCGUAGGAAACGAUUUCAUCAGGGGAGUCUCUGGUGGUGAACGCAAGAGAGUAUCUAUAGCUGAGACACUUGUCACAAGAGCUUCCGUAAUGUGUUGGGACAAUUCCACUCGUGGGUUGGAUGCUACCACAGCUGUUGAUUACGUGCGCUCUUUGAGAAUUAUUACAGAUAUCACCGGUGGUACAUCAAUCGCGACACUUUAUCAAGCUGGUGAAGGUAUAUACGAACUUUUUGACAAGGUGUGCGUUAUUGAUGAUGGUCGCUGUAUUUAUUAUGGUCCAGCUAACGAGGCAUGCUCAUACUUCGAAAGUAUCGGUUUCUACAAACCACCACGUCAAACCUCUGCGGAUUUCUUGACUAGUGUUACUGAUAUCUAUGAACGUACAAUUAAGCCAGGUUGGGAAAGCCGCGCUCCACGUACACCAGAAGAGCUGGAAAAGGUCUACAAAGAUUCUCAAUACUACCAAGCGGCUGUUGCAUCUACUGAUCAAGCAUUUAAUGCUGAAAAUAAUCACCUAGGCGACUUCAAGACUUCCGUUCGCGAAGACAAGAAAAGACGUAUGGCAAAGACUUCACCAUACACGGUUUCUUUCAUUGAGCAAAUCUACUAUUGUUUGGUUAGGGAAAUUCAAUUACAGAGAAGCCAAAUAGCCGCUUUAAGAACUAAAUUCGCUACGAUACUUUUCUCGGCAUUAACUAUAUCGUCCCUUUUUUAUGACCAAUCUGGUUCUGGAAGUGUUUUUGCUAAAGGUAGUGUUUGUUUCUUUUCAACAGUCUUUGUUUGUUGGGUACAGCUAUCAGAAGUAUGGAAUGCUUGCAUGGGCCGUGAAAUUAUAGCAAAACAGAGCAACGAAUUUGCAUUCUAUCAUCCCAGUGCUGUUACUUUCGCAACAUUCUUAGUCGAUGUCCCUGUUAUUGUUUCUGGUAUAUUGGUGUUUUCCAUUGUGGUUUAUUUCCUCGGAUCACUCGAUUAUACUGCUGGUAAAUUUUUCACAUACUUCUGUUUUGUCUCGUUCAACGCAGUUACAUUUAAUCAACUGUAUAAAGCCGUCGCGAGCAUGUCAUCUAAUUUCACCAGUGCUAUCAGGUACAACGUCUGUUUACUCUCAAUCGCGUUCACUCUAGUAGGAUACACAAUCCCAAGGUACAAUAUUGGAAAUUGGUUCAGAUGGAUCUCUUGGGUCAAUCCCCUUCCAUACAAUUUCGAGAGCUUAUUAGUGAAUCAAUUCCAUAAUGUCAAUAUUGAAUGUGAUCCGUCAGAUAUUGUACCAAAUGAUGUAAAUGGUGCAGAAGAGCAAUAUCAGUCAUGUGGUAUCCAAGGUAAUAGACCUGGUAGCUUGACGAUUCUCGGCGAUGAUUAUGUUGAUGCGGCAUUCGACUAUAAAUAUUCUCAUCUCUGGAACAACUUGGGCUACAUCAGUGCUUUCUUGGUUGGAUAUUUAAUAGUCACCGCUAUCUUUACCGAAUAUUUUAAUCACACAGGUGGCAAAGGUGGGGUAACUGUCUUCGCAAAAACGGACAAAGGUAAAUCAAAGGCUAGGGAAAUCGAGAAGCCAGAUGAUAUUGAAAGUGGCCCACCACAAACAACCAAGGAAAAGGGCAAUAAGGAUAUUGAAGUUGGAGCCAUCAAUCCAUCUGACGCUGAUUUCACUUUCAAGAAUGUGACGUAUACGGUUACAACUAUUGCUGGAGAAAAACGACUUCUUGAUAAAAUCACUGGAUAUGUCAAACCUGGUACCAUUACGGCUCUCAUGGGUGCAUCUGGCGCGGGUAAAACUACACUUUUAAACACACUCUCACAAAGAAUGGCGACGGGUGUUAUCACUGGUGAUAUGUUGAUUGACGGUAAACCGCUUGAAUUAAAUUCUUUCCAAAGAGGGACUGGAUUUGUUUUACAAGGUGAUUUGCAUGACGCAUUUGCUACCGUUCGUGAAAGUAUCGAAUUCUCCGCUAUACUCAGACAGCCACGUGAAACACCUCGUGAGGAGGUUCUUGCCUAUGUUGAUAAAAUCAUCGAUCUACUUGAAUUGCAGGAUAUCGAGGACGCUAUCAUCGGCUCACCUGAAGCAGGUUUAGGUGUUGAGCAGCGCAAGAGAGUUACUAUAGCUGUUGAAUUGGCGGCCAAACCAGAUGUGCUUCUUUUCUUAGAUGAACCUACUUCAGGUUUGGAUUCACAAUCAGCAUACUCAAUUGGACGUUUCCUGAACAAGCUUGCAGAUGCUGGUCAAGCUAUAUUAUGUACAAUUCACCAACCUUCAAGCUUGCUCUUCACAGAAUUUUUCGACCGUCUCCUUUUGCUUGCUCCUGGUGGGAAGGUCGUUUAUCAGGGCCCCGUUGGCGAUAACGGUAGCGCUAUUGUUGACUACUUUAAGCGCAUCGGUGCUCGUGAAUGUAAAGCUCAUGAGAACGUUGCUGAAUAUGCCAUCGAAAUGAUUGCUUACGGACGUGACGCUAAUGGGCAACCUUUUGAUUUCGUUAAUGCCUAUAGAAACUCCCCAGAAGCCGCUGAACUUGAAGCAGAAGUAAACAGAAUAAUUAAUGAGAAGUCAGAGAUACCAAAGGAACAGACAAAGGCUAUGACGAGGACUUACUCACAACCAUUUCAUGUUCAACUUAAGCUCUUGAUCCAAAGAAUGAGUCGCAACUAUUGGCGUGAUUCAUCCUAUGCUUAUGGUCAACUUUUCAUAACGGUCAGCAUAGCCAUCCUCAACGGAUUUCUUUUCUUCAAAAAUGGAACGUCGAUACAGAACAUGACUGAAAGAAGCUUUUCAGCCUUCCUCGUUCUUCUUAUUCCUCCUUUUAGUAUAGUGUCGGCAGCGCCCAAAUUCUUUAUCAAUUAUGAGGUAUUCAAAAGUCGGGAAAACCUUUCAAGAGUAUAUUCCUGGUACAGUUUCGUCACAUCAUAUUUGUUGUGUGAACUUCCUUAUGCCGUUGGUUGUGGAAUAGUGUACUGGGUAAUUUGGUAUUGGCCAAUAGCGUUCUCAUACACGUCCGAUGGCGACUUUAGAUUAGGAUCGCCAGCUGCUCUAACAUUCCUGAUGAUUAUAGAGGCUUUUAUUUUCACCAGCUGGCUUGCCGCAUGGAUGUGUACAAUGUCACCGAAUGCUAAAUUCACCAUGGACAUAAUGCCAUUUAUCAUCAUAUUACUAUUCUUCAUCAAUGGCAUCUUUAUUGACUACGCCAAACAACCUGUCUUCUGGGAGUAUUUCAUGUACUACGUAAACCCAUAUACGUACUUAUUAGGUGGACUUAUUGGUGCAACUGCAUCAAAUGUCGCAAUCCAAUGUUCGUCGAGAGAGAUUACCACAUUUAGUCCUCCUUCUGGUGAAACCUGCCUAUCUUACGCUGGCGCCUUCGUGGGAAGAACGGGAGGAUAUUUACUCAACGGUGAUUCCACAAGUGGUUGCCAAUACUGUCCGAUGUCAAACUCAAGUGCGUUCUUGGAUGGGAAGCACAUCUUUUAUUCGACUGGCUGGCCUUGGGGAUACUUCGGUAUUUUCACGCUCUUCUCAAUCUCUAGCUUUGCGUUAGCAUACUUAUUUUUCUACGUAACAAAAGUUAAUCCACCAAAUCUCAAAUCAUUUAAAAAACUCUCUCUUAUCUAAAUCUGAUGUCAUCAAUCGUUCAUUAUUUAUAUAGAUAGAUAUUUUCUUGUAUCAUGUAAUUAAAGUAAUAAAUUUUCUAUUAGC